CUCUCACCCACUCUCUCCAUGCCUCCUCGUCCGCGCCUGCCCUCGCCGUCUCUCUCCUCCAAGCGUCUCAAGACCAUGUCCUCCUCUUCUGCCACCGAGACGCUCCUCGUGCAGCUGGAUGCUGCCUUUCCAGGCGCCAAGCUGCCCACGCGCGGCUCGGCCAGUGCGGCAGGCUACGAUCUGUAUGCUGCCGAGGCUGCAACGCUGCCGGCGCGCGGGAGAAAGGUGGUGGCGACCGGUGUGAGGCUGGCGGUGCCCGAGGGAUGCUAUGGGCGUGUGGCGCCGAGAUCUGGCCUGGCGAGCAAGCAUGGCAUUGAUGUGGGCGCAGGAGUGAUUGAUGCCGACUAUCGCGGCCUCCUCGGCGUGCUGCUGUUCAACCUGAGCGAGACGGACUUUGAGAUCAGCGCAGGCGACCGCAUCGCUCAGCUGGUGCUCGAGCGCAUCGCUACGCCCGAGGUGCAGCAAGUGCAGAGUCUGGAUGAGACGCUCCGCGGCGCAUGUGGCUUUGGCUCGACGGGUGGCUUUGGCGCGGGAGCUGCGGCGGCUGAGAAGACGAAGGCCAAGGACUCGGAGGGCGUGCCUGUCUAAUCGAUCAGAUAGAGCGC